AAGCCGGCUCCGAGCCCCGAGCGCGGGACGAGGCGGGAAAAGCUGCGCGCAUGCGUAGGCCGGCGGGCCGGGCUCCCCAGGAUGGGGAAGCGAAGGUGGAGUUUUCAAGCGGGAACUUGACCCGUUAGGCGCCGCGGCCAUGGCGGCGCGCUCGCCAUCCUCCCCGGUGCCCCCGGCCCCGGGACGGCAGUCGGGCCGCCGGUCCCCGCGCCUCGGGCACGGAGCCGAGGUGCACGCCGUGCGCAGCGAGGCCUCGGGUCUGGCGGGCGCCGCGAGGGAGGUCUUCGCGGAUCAAAGGGACAUGGUCUGGAGGGGCGAAGAAGGGGCAGGGGGCCGGCGAGGGCCGGGCAGGACCGGGGCCGCUCUCGCUCCGGUCGCCUGCGCGCCCGCGGGGUCCUGGCGGCCGGAGGGCCUCUCCUUAGAGGAGGCGAAGGCGACUCGGACACAGCUGCUGGAGGAAGAGCUGAGCAGCCUAAAGGAGGAGCUGGCCCUGUGUCAGGCUGACAAAGAAUUUGUAUGGUCUUUGUGGAAACGUCUCCAGGUGACAAAUCCAGAUCUCACUGAAACUAUCAGUUUAGUCGUGGAAAGAGAAAAACAGAGAUCUGAAGCCAAAGACAGAAAAGUUCUGGAAAUUUUACAAGUCAAGGAUGUUAAAAUACAAGAAUUGGAGCAGACUGAGUCAGUAUUAAGACAGGAAAUAAAUGACCUUGAGAAACAGAUGACUAUGGUUGUUGAAGAAAAUGCCUUCUUGAGGAAAGAAUUCAGUGAUUUACAGAAGAAGUUUAAAGAUAAAAGCCAAGAAGUUAAGGACACUAAGGAGUGUGUACAGAAUAAAGAAGAGCAAAACAGACUGUGUAUAAAAAGCCUGGAGGAGGAAAAUGAGAAAUUACAUACACGCUGCACUGACCUGCUAAAUGACCUGGAGAGACUGAGGAACCAGGAAGCACACUGGAGGAAAGAGAAAUACAGUGCGGAUGCAAAAGUAAAGGCCUUUGAAGACAAUUUAAUGGAAGCAAAGAAAGAAAUUGAAUUAUCACAGAGUAAAUAUAAUGCUCUGUCACUACAGCUGAAAAACAAACAGACUGAACUUCUCCAAAAAGAUAUGGACAUCGCACUGGUCAGGAAGGAACUACAGGAGCUGCAGAAUCUGUACAAGCAGAACAGCGCGCAUACAGCACAGCAAGCAGAGUUGAUCCAGCAGCUCCAGGUCCUCAACAUGGAUACACAGAAAGUACUAAAGAAUCAGGAAGAUGUUCACACAGCUGAAAGUAUAUCAUACCAAAAACUUUAUAAUGAAUUACAUAUUUGUUUUGAAACUACAAAAUCAAAUGAAGCUAUGCUACGGCAAAGUGUUGUUAAUCUUCAGGACCAACUGUUUAAAAAAGAACAAGAAAAUAUAGAAUUAAAAGAAAAAUUUAAGGAACCACAAGGAGCACCCAGUCUAUCCCCUCCAGAGAGUGAUUCAAAUCACUCAGCAAAGCCAGCGUUAUCUAGCUUGGAAACAUUAAUCGUCUCACAGAAGUCUGAAAUCGAGUAUUUGCAGAAGAAACUGAAAGUGGCAAAUGAAAAGUUGUUGGGUUAUAGAUCCUCUGACCAGAGUUUCUCAGGGAAGAGCGCUGAAGGAAAACACAAGGAACCACCUGUGAAACGCUCAAGGUCUUUGUCCCCAAAGAGCUCUUUCAUGGGCUCAGAGGAGCUAAGGAAGCUGAAAAAAGCUGAAAGAAAAAUUGAAAACUUAGAGAAGACACUACAGCUAAAGAGUCAAGAAAAUGAUGAGCUAAGAGAUGCCCAUGAAAAACGCAAGGAAAGGCUACAGAUGUUACACACCAACUACAGAGCAGUAAAAGAGCAAUUAAAACAGUGGGAAGAAGACAGUGGCAUGACUGAAACUAGAAAAAUGAAGAGAGCACAUCCUCAACAACUUUGUCAAGAAGAUUCUGAUGCUGUGUGGAAUGAAUUGGCAUAUUUCAAAAGAGAAAACCGAGAGUUGAUGGUUCAAAAGAUGACUCUUCAAGAUGAAUUGGAUGAACUUAAAGUACAUAUGUCUAUUGAUAAAACAACAAUUCAAGAGUUGAAUAGGUGCAUGGCAGAGAAAAGAGAAGAACAACUCUUUAGAUACCAUGAAGAUGUUGGGGUCAAGAAGAGUACUCCAGAGAAGAAUGAGAAAGCAAUACCGGAGCAGACAUUACAGAAGGUCAUUGAGUUGGAAAAUCGGCUGAAGUCUUUUGAGAAAAAGUCAAGAAAGUUAAAAGAGGGGAAUAAAAGAUUGAAGAAAGAAAAUGAUGUACUGAAAUCCCAUUUAAAACACUAUCGAGACGAUUCGGAGGUGAGAGAAAGAGAGAUAGAGCACCUAUUGAAGGUGAGUAAAGAUGUAGAAAAGGACAAAUGUGAGCUUCAAACAAAAAUCACUGAGCUGGAGAGGGAAGUCACUUCCCUGAGGAGACAAGUAGCAGAAGCCAAGGCUUUGAGAAAUGACAGUGAAGAGGCUGCGAGUCAAGGGGAGAAACUGCACGGAUGUCCCCCAGACAAAGCUAAAUCUGAGAUAGCCACCACAGAUGUGAAAGCCCGGCAGUAUGGCUGCAAGACAACCACUACUAAGGUGAAGUUUAAAGCUGCCAAGAAAAAGAUCUCUGUGGGUCGCCACCACACUUUUCUCAAUCACUCCAUCAAGGUUAUGAGCCAUGUUGAGAACCUCAGCAAGGACGGCUGGGAGGAUGUGAGUGAAGGCAGUGAUGAUUCUGAAACACAAACCUCUCAAAAUUUGGGAACAAUUAUUGUGGAAACAUCCCAGAAAAUAAGCCCUAUAGAAGACAAUGGAGACCAGAAAGAAAUUGAUCAAACAGAAGACAGCUACGUUCAGCAAAGGGAAAUGCAGACAUACUCACAUGAGGACAGCAAGGCCCUGAAGGAUAUUUCUCAUUGUAAGAAUACCAAGAAAAUGAGUUUUCAAAAGAAGAGUGGAAGCAUGCAGAAGACUUUUCAUACAGUGAUUCCUGUCAGAGUUAACAGAGAAAAAUGCAAAAAUAUACCUGCCCAGAAAUCCAGUAGCAACACUAUUUUAUUACGAGAACGGAUUGUAUCCUUGCAGCAACAAAACAGUUUGCUUCAUAAUGCCAGGAAAGCAGCAGAGUCUUCUGCUAAGGAGUAUAAAGAAGCAAAUGAGAAACUCCUCCAUCAACAGCAGAUAUCUGAUCAGCGAUUUCAGACCAGCAGACAGACGAUAAAGAAGCUAACUCUUGAUUUGGCUGGACUUCGAAAAGAAAAAGAAGAUUUGCUGAAGAAAUUGGAGUCUUCAUCUGACAUCACUAGCUUGGCUGAGGAAGUUUCUAGAGUAAUGGCUCCACAGAUACAAGUUACCACACUGGGUCCUUCAAGGAGCAUGGAUUUGGAAAUGAAGCAAUUGCAGUGUAAACUAAAGAAUGCAACUAACGAACUCACUAAACAAUCGUCAAACGUGAAGUCUCUGAAACUGGAACUCCUAGCAAAAGAAGAACACAUAAAGGAGAUGCAUGAAAAGAUAUCUCGAAUGGAGAGAGAUAUAACCAUGAAAAGACACCUGAUCGAGGACUUGAAAUUUCGACAGAAAGUAAAUUCAGAAAGUAAUGAAAGUUUUAAUGAAAUGUUAGAAAAUCUUGAAAAAAAGGUGAAGACAUUAACUGAAGAAUGUUCCAACAAGAAGGUAUCAGUUGACUCACUAAAGCAAAGACUUAGUGUUGCCGUGAAAGAGAAGUCACAGUAUGAACAGAUGUACCAGAAAACUAAAGAGGAGUUAGAAAAAAAGGAUCUCAAGUUGAAUCUCCUCAUAUCAAAAAUAAAUGAAACAGAAACAGCAAUGGCACAGAUUGAGACAGCAGCAUCAGAACAGCUCCAAGGCUUAGCACUGCAGAGUGAACAGGUCCUGGAAGGUGCGCAGAAGAAACUGCUGGCAGCCAAUGAGAAACUGGAAGAGUUCACCCUGUUUGUGAAGGCUUUGGUCAAAGAGUUACAAAGUGGUGUCCAUAGGACCAGACAUCAAAUCAAAGAGCUUAAGAAGAUGCACAAAGACAAACAUGCUUGUAAAACCUCAACCCAUAAAGCCCAGACCUUGGCAGCAUCCAUCCUGAACAUUUCACGGUCAGACCUGGAGGAAAUACUGGACACAGAAGAUGAAGUGGAAAUUGAAAAGACAAAGAUAGAUGCUGAAAAUGACAAGGAAUGGCUGUUGUAUAUUCAGAAACUUCUUGAAGGACAGCUUCCUUUUGCCUCAUAUUUACUAGAAGCAAUACUGGAGAAAAUAAAUGAAAACAAGAAACUAACUGAAGGAUAUUUCACAAUUAUGAAAGACAUUAGAUAAUAUAGAUAGAGAUAGCUAAGGAUACAUACACAUACACACACAUACACACACACACACAUUUCAAACAAGAGGAUUUCAUGUGCUCUGGUUGUAAAUACUCCAGUACAGUAUCUGCUCAAGCUAUCAAUGGGUGACUUCAAUACCAAAAUAAGACAUUUCUGAAAUUAAUUGAUUCUGAACAAGUAAAGCUAGCUAAGCACACAUCCACUUAAAAGGAGAGUCUAUCAUUUGAUUGUUGGAUACAAAUAUUUUCACAAAUACAAACUUAAAAAUUAUUUUCCUUCCAGUACAAAGAAAGAAUCUAGAAUAAGCUUGUCACAUACAGGUUGGUCUAAGUAUAAAAAGAAAAAUGUAUAGAUAAAGGACUUAAUAUUCUAAAUUUUACAUAAAACUAGACUUUUACAUAAAACUGUUAUAAAUGUCCCUUUGUAAUCCGGUGAGUAACAUAUUUGUGUGGUGAGAAAAUAUAAGUUAUCCUAACAUGAAGGAGUGAGCAUUGAAUGAAGCUAUUGUGUGGUUCAUUGUGCCUAUUUUUGUUGAUAUACUGGAUUUUAUAGGAGGUACUGUGUUUUUCUAGAACUAUCUGGCAAAAUAAAAAACAUUUUCUCCUUUCUCGCCUUGUGCAGUCAUAUAAAUCAGCAAGGGCCAGAGCACUGGUGUCUAAUGUUGGUGUAGACCUAGCAAAGCAUGGUCAUGUAAUCAUCAAUGCCUUCUCACCACGAUGGACCAUUGUAUUUGGUUCCUGAGUGCCUCCCUCCCUGCACUUCUUCAAGGUGUUCUUGCCACAUCCUCUUGGUGCCUCUGAGUCACUGAAUUUGAACCUCCACAGUUGAUGUAGGUGUCCUGUCUUUGCCUAUCCCUAUCUUCUCAUUAUUCAAGUUCACUUUAUCUCCUUGCUCAUAGACAUAUUCUCUGAAUAUCUUACUGUUUAUAUGAAAUCAUCUGUUUUUAAUAUGGUCACAUCUUUGUUUUAUGGCUUAUUCUCAUUUUCUCCUUAGAAUGUAGAUCCCAUGAGAUUAAGGCAGGGACUAUCAAAUUAAAGAAAGCCCUUAGCCAAAUACAGCCUGCCACCUACUUUUGUAUGGUCCACA